CUUAUAGAAGCACAGGAAACUGCACCUUCACGAUGUCUACAUCUGGAUGCAGAGAAUGAAGUUCUUCAACUUCAACAGACAUUAUUCUCUAUGAAAGCAAUAAAAAUGCAAUGUGAAACACUACAGAAGAGUAAGAAGCAGCUGAAACAAGAAGUAGUAAACCUCAAAAGUUAUAUGGAGAGAAAUAUGUUAGCACAUGCUGAAGCUGAACAGCAUAAAUGGUUGAUUGAAGAAAAAGCAAGGAAUGAGAUAGCAGAAAAAGUAAACAAAGCCAUUCUCACCUUGCAGAAACAAGCAGCAGCAUCUGAAGAACAGUUAGCACAGUUAAGGGAGGAUAAUACUACAGUAAAAACUCAGAUGGAACUCACAAUCAAAGAUCUGGAAUCUGAAAUCUCCAGAAUAAAAACUUCGCAAGCCAACUUUAAUAAAACUGAAUUGGAAAGAUAUAAGGUACUCUACCUAGAAGAAGUAAAAGUUAGAUUAUCCUUGUCAAAUGAACUGAAUAGAGCUAAUAAGAAGAUAGCAGAGGUCAGUGCACAACUUACUGUGGAGAAAGAGCUGACCAGAUCUCCAUUCGCUGCUUGUAGUACAAGGCCCAUCCUAGAGCCACCUUUUGCUGGAAAUCUUAAUUAUAGUGAAUAUCUCAACAGAAAACAUAUUCCAAGAAACAAGAAGUCUGCUCUUGAGAGCAUAGAGAGGUUCUUGUUGAAGAUGAAGCAGAAGUUGGAAAAUGAUCUAACUACAGAAGUAACAGCUGCUACUGAACCUGAACCAUAUGUAGCUCCUCCUCUACAAUCUGCAUACUGGGAAAAUCCGAAUCGAGAUCCAGUGUUGGAAGCAGCAAAAGAAUAUGCACAGGUUUUAUACAGAAACUACAUGAUCUGAAAGAUAAGACAAUUUUAUUUCUGGGCUGUUGACAUGAUAUUUUGUUUCCCAUUAAGUAUAUGAUGUGAACAUUUUUACUAAAGGGAAAUAUUCUGUAUUAUACAUGUCUGAUGAAAACUUAUAUAGUAUUUUAAAUAAUGUUUCUUGGCCUCUUCAGCUGACUUUUAAGUGAUUUUGCAAAUGAAAACCACUAUUAUUGCGUUUUA